AUGAAUUUAGCUGUUACUGGAUCCAAUCUUUCUACCUAUCUGGAUCUUGCCACCAACUGGCUCCUGUCUGCCGGGGUCUGGCCUCAGUUUGCAGCCUUAGCCGAAGGCUUUGAUUCUGUCCUCUCGUGGCAAGUUCGCUCAAGAUUGGCUUAUCUUUUUGAUGAGGAUGAGCUAGAAGGCCUGUUCUGCGGGGGAAGCAUCGAAACGGAGGUUGGAGGCAGAUUCGGAAUCUCUGGUAUUGACCUCAAUGAUUCCGACGUUUCUCAAAUCUCCCUAAAUGUCGGUUCUGACGGUCGUAAUUCACGCCAACAAAUGGCUGAUUUUCUCCAAACAGGAACUAGUUCGUCUAUCAGAUCUGGCAACUUAAUGACGUCAUUCAACAACUGCAUCGGUUCAUCAGUUUCUGGGUCAAAGUGUGACGGUUGGAGUGUUGCCGAGUUAAUGCAAGCUUGCUGUUGUGAUCAUGGCUACACGAUGCAAUCACGUGCCAUCCGCUAUCUUUUCGAAAUCCUUUCUGAGUUGACCCCUGCCCAGCGGCGCCUCUUUGUUCAAUUUGUGACAGGCAGUCCACGCUUGCCAGUUGGGGAAAAUACGUAA